AUGCGCUUUGCGUGCUUCCUGGUCCUGCUUGCGACUACCUUCACCGCAAGUGACAAGAACUUCGCCAACUCCGUCGAAGCUGCUUUAGGCGACGUCGCUCGUGUGUCCGACAUGAAGCGCAUCGAUCCGGACAGCAAAGGUCCCCGUCUCCGAGGAAGGAAGAAACCGGAAAGUGAAGAGCGCAUGACGGCCGUACCUCCUUACGCUGCGAUGACGAACGUGAUGCAUUCGACUUCGACUACUUCCACAACUUCGAAACAAUCACCUCGGAUGCUACACUCGAUGGAGGAAUAUAAGGCGCAGCCCAAGCGGGCGAAGGCUCUUGCUGCUCUGCUCACCAUUGGGAUGCUCUCUGGUGCCUUUAUCGGCGGCUUCAAGCUAACGGAAUGGAUCCGGAACGCACUUGGGGUUGGAUCGGGUCGAUCGGACUGA